CAGGCGCUCCAGCUGCUCUGUUCAUGUCAGGAUGUUUGAGCCGCUUCACGUCACCGCGGCUCCUCCAGACCAGGAGCGGCUCUUUCAGGGCUGGGCUCUUUGUCUCCUCAGUCACCGCAGCCCUCUCUCAGACUGACAUUUGCACUCUUUCAGGUUUUUCUUUGUGCUGUGAGCUGCAUUGUGCUGCAUCACUGGUGAGACCACGUGCUCCGUGUUUAUCACCAGGAAGGGGAGGGAGGCAGAGCCAGAUUUCUCUUCUCGUUUUGUCCAGUGCCACUACAGACACGCACACACUCUCAUCCAGGCAGCACAGGGAGGGGGCAAACCAGGCUGAGCCGCGCCGAGUCAAACUCCGAACAACACAACAGGUUACUGUCCAGGAUGGCGGGGAAGGAGCAGCAGAUCACGGAAGAGAAGCCGCUGCUGCCCGAAAAGAGAGGCGUGGACUCUGAGACGGAUAAAGGAGAGGAGGCAUCAGGGGGCCCCCCCUGCCCUGCCAGCACCGAGCCCCCUAACGAACCCCCUCCCCCCCGCCGCCCCGCUCACCGCUGGCAUGCCAUCGCGCGGCACUGGCUCCGCCAGACCCGCCGUCGGACCAGCGGGGUUAUCCCGGAAUGCUGUGAUCAGCUGAUGCCGCCUGGGGAUUGGAAGGAACAUGAUGUGGAGACUCCCUAUGGGAUGCUGCAUGUGGUGAUCCGGGGAGCACCCAAAGGAAACAAACCUGCCAUCCUCACCUAUCACGAUGUGGGCCUGAACCACAAGCUGUGCUUCAACCCUUUCUUCCACAACGAGGACAUGCAGGAGAUCACCAAGCACUUCGUGGUUUGUCACGUGGACGCCCCCGGUCAGCAGGUCGGGGCUCCGCAGUUCCCUCAGGGGUACCAGUACCCGACCAUGGACCAGCUGGCUGGCAUGCUGCCUACAGUAGUGGAGCACUUUGGGUUCAAGAGCAUCGUUGGCAUCGGGGUUGGAGCUGGAGCUUUUGUUCUGGCUAAGUUUGCUCUGAUCUUCCCUGACCUGGUGGAGGGUUUGGUUCUGCUCAACAUCGACCCCAAUGGCAAAGGCUGGAUCGACUGGGCAGCCAGCAAGCUCUCCGGCCUGACCAGCACCAUCCCAGACAUCGUGCUGCCUCACCUCUUCAGCCAGGAAGAACUGGUGAGCAACACAGAGCUGGUGCAGAGCUACCGGCAACAGAUCAACAACAACGUCAACCACUUCAACCUGCAGCUCUUCUGGAACAUGUAUGGCAGCCGCAGGGACCUGGAGAUGAACCGCAGCGGAUCCGCUCUCAACUCCAAAACCCUGAAGUGCCCCGUCAUGCUGGUGGUGGGGGACAACGCCCCGGCUGAGGAGGGGGUGGUUGAGUGUAACUCCAAACUGGACCCGACCAACACCACCUUCCUGAAGAUGGCGGACUCUGGUGGACUCCCACAGCUCACACAGCCUGGGAAGCUGACGGAAGCCUUCAAGUAUUUCCUGCAGGGGAUGGGCUACAUCGCUUAUGUGAAGGAUCGGAGGUUGAGUGGAGGGCCAGUGCCCUCAGCCAGUAUGACCCGCCUGGCCCGCUCCAGAACGGCCUCCCUGACCAGCGCCGGCUCCACGGAUGGGACUCGCUCUCGGGCCUGCACCAACUCUGACAGCGCUGAAGGAGUGGGUGCAGUCACCCAAACCAUGGAGGUGUCAUGCUGAGCAGCCACAGAGGGAGGGAAGUGUGGCGAGGGGGCGGGGGGUAGCUGGAGUGAAGGAAGUGAGAAACAAGACGAUGAGGAGUGAUGAAAGAAAAGAGAAGAUGUAGACUGAUGGAGGUGCUCGGUGAUGACUCUGUCUAUCUUUCUUGCAUUUGUCUGCCAUAAUCCAGCCUCUUGCUGCCCCCCCCAUGCUGUAAAAUACCAUUGGCAUUGCCACUAACCCUAACCUAAUACCCCCCCACCCAAUCACCCUCCCCUGAAGAUUUAAGCAGCUGUUUCUGUUCUUGAAGUGUAAUGUUGUGCUUGCUAAGUGUCUCCUCAUUUUUUGCCUGCACCCCCAACCCCCCACCCCCCCCUAAAAAAGAACACAAACACCAUGUAACCCUGUGUCUUGACCAGAGAAAGGCAUCUGUUGAACGUGAAAGCUGAACUUUGAGGGGGUGCUAGAAAGGUGAAGUAUUAUGCAUGUUUGUGAUGAAGUUGUUUCCAGACUCAGACAUCUCUCUCUGUGGCGCCAGGAUGGUCGAAGGUGCAGCGAGAAUGGCGAGGAGGCGUGUCCAGAGUCUGCCGGACAGCAGAACGCAGUCGUGUCGUAGCACAGUGCAGCUGUAGCCUUUAGGAACAGUGUUAGAUUUCUGUAGAGCUUAGCUAGAGCACAACACAUAUUUAUAUAUGAAGCUGCACUUAGAAUUAUGGUAAAGGUCUAGGAAAUGAUCUGUUACAAAACUUUCUGAUGGAUCCUCGUUUCAUAACAACAUUUGGAGGGAAAGUCCUCACUAAAGCUGUGUCUGAAUUCCCCCCGAUCACUAUAUAGAGGGUUCGGCAUUUUCUAGGGCUGUCCAAAUCUAAUAAUUCCAAAAUCAAGUGCACUAGAAAUUUCCCGGAAGUCUUACGUCUAACUAGCAUACAUCGAUGCUCACUAGAUUGAUUAGCGAAUAUAGACCACAAUGCAUUGCGGUCGAAAACAUUUUGAAAAAAAAAACGUGUUUAAAUGUAUAUUUUAAUAAACCAUCCACAUUUUCACCAACAGAACACAGUGGAGUCUUAAAUAAAUGUGAAAUGUUCGUUUUGAUUCGAUUUUGACUUAGUGAAAUCCAGCAUUUGGAAAAAGGAAAGAAAAAUAGUGAGCAUCGUGUCCGAAUUGCUUUUAAAAUCCAGGACACUAGAUAGUCCUACACUAGAUAGUUUUUUAGUAGUUUGGGGUUAGAGAGGGAAUUCGGACACAACCUAAGAGUUUCAUCCAUCUUGAUUUCACUCUAGAGAUAAAUAAUUCUGGAUUUGAGGAGAAAAAUACCCAUCCUAAGAACCAAAAGCAGAACUUUAUUGUUCCUCUGUGCUGUAGACUUUGCACACUUUGAAGGUGACUGGUGAACCCACCAAACUCUGACCCUCCAAAAGCUUUGAGAAGCUGUUGUCAGCUGUUGAGAAGCAAAGUUGUAAGAUUUCAUCCCUACUUGUUGAAAUGUUUAGGAAACUAGUUGUGCUCAUGGUUUUGAUGACACUACAGGUCAAUGAGUGUAGCCACGAACCACCGCUUCUCUCCGGCGUGACUCUAAGACGAUGUGGCUCACAUUUCUGAUAGGAAAACUCUAGUUCUUCCUCCAUCGUCUAAAGUACCACAACCUUUGAUAUUGCAUGAUCUUAGUGACGCACUGGUGCAUCUACAAACAUAGAAUAGAAAACAUAUACAUGUGAUGGUGACGGUAGUCUUAGUGAAAGAUCUAAUGUAUAGUUUCCAGUAACAGUGCCCUCCUCACUAGUGUGUCACACAUUAAGCAGAACCGAGCUCACGGUUCUGAGGUUGACUCUUUGUGGUCUCGGACUUGACACUCAUCCUUUGACCACAACAUGAGCCAAACUGGACCCGGUUAAUUCAAUUAAUUCAAUUGGCUUUGCACCAAAUUCCUUGUCUUGAAUUGCCCAGCCCAUUUGCAUGGAUGAACCAAAGUCACCCCCCCCCCCCAUCCAGACAACCCCAGUCAGGCACAAACAGCUGACACUGACAGGAGAACCGCAUGGACUCAGGUUUGCUGCAGGAUUCGCACAAAAGCAUUUGUUGUGAUGUAGUUAGUGAGUGUUUCAUGUGUUAAUGUGAUCUCACUAGCAUAUAGUGCUUUUAGUGCAUAAGUACAGUGUUUUAGGCUAGAAAAACUGCGCUGUUGUUCUCUGCAGAACUGGACCGCCUUCUGGGUCAAAAAUGGCGCCCCCUUGGUUUUCAUCCUUUCACUUUCUCUUGUUUUUUUUCAAAGGAAAAAUGUUCCCCCGUAGGAAGUAGCUUGACUUCUAACCACUGAGGAUUUUGUGUACUUGAGGUUGCCUGUAAGGGGCGGGGCUUUUUUGGGACCAUUUGGGUUCCAAGCUCAGAAUGUAGGGCAACUCCCGUCUACCUUAAAAAAAAAACCCCUUCCCUAAAAAUCACAUGGUGCCCCGGCUCUCACAGGCAAACCCUGCCACACCUCAAAGGGCUAACAGCUAAAGUCCCUUUUUAGAUGAUAGUUUUAUUGCAGUUAUGCUUCUGAGCACCAGAGGGCGCCAGAGAGGAGCAGAUGCACAUCUGUAUUGAAAAAGAAAGGUCAACGGCAAAGCAGAGAGAGAUGCUGAGCACACACGUCGUUGAAUGGAUGUUUAAGGAAAAGAAUGUGAAUUUAUUGAAGCAUGAGACUGACUUUUGUUUUUUUUUGUUUUUGUCUGAAUUACGGAAUAAGCUUUAUGUUGUGAAGAGAGAGAUCACGAGAUCAGAUCAAACGCCGUCCCAGGAUUAACUGCAGAAACACUCCAGCUUGCAUGUUGCAGAGUUUGUGUGUGAUCAUUUUUCAGUGUUUCUUCUCUUCACCAAGCUAUUUUCUGCCAUCUACACUUGGUUUCCUCCCACAUAACUUCUACCCACACUGCCUGGGGGGCUCCUGAAUGUAUCUUGUCCCUAUCUGAAGUGCUGUACAGUACUGUCAACUUACACCUCGUUCUCACUCUGGUUUGCACUUCUUAUCUUUGGCCCCGUUGACAUGUUACAUGAAGACCCGACUCGUUCCUCCUCAAGGUCUGUCAAUAGUGAGGCUGAUCUUUGGCUGUGCAGCUCCCAUGAGCUGCCUCCAGAUCAGUUUGUACGGACCUUGGUCCUCCUUGCUCUUGUAGAUAUUUUUAUUUGUAGAGCAAGUAACCUAAACCAAACACUAAUCCUACUGUGAUGUGAGAAAUGUAUUUCUGUUCCCUCUGUUUUUUUUAAUCCACUAUAGGGUGUGAACUUCUCUUGGUAUAAUGAUCUUGACUCCUGUGUUCUUCUGCUUCUCUAACUGCCACUGUUGAUUAAUUUGUACGAAGCAAUAAGUUUUGUUGGGUUUUUUUGGGUAGGAGUGUUUUUUUUAUUAUGGGACUCUUUCCCAUUAGCCUGUUUCUAUUACAAACACUAAGACUCUGACCCACUUCAUUGUCAUUCAGAUGUGUACUGUAAAGUUUAAAUAUAUUAUAUAUACAAUAUAAAUACAACAUUAGCUGUAUUUGUCCAUGUACUGAUCAAAUAACAAGAAAUAAAAAAACUUAACAGAA